AGUCUUUUGUGAGCUUAAAUGUUCCAUCCCAGACAACUCAUGUGCUGACUCCCUGCCUCAGUGGGGCCUGUGGAUUACACUACCUCUUCUCAUCUUCCCUAUGAAGCACCUUUAUGAUCCCAAAGCCUCCCUCUGCCAUAGAGAGGAAGGAUGGAGCUUCUCCUUGGGCUCUCUGCCCUUUUCCAGUUGUUUUUGUCCUCCUCCACCACCUUCUGUAGCAUCCGGCAUCCCUGGACGAAUUGGGACAAGUCUCCCUCCCCAGAAGAGAGAGAAGCCCUGGAAGCACCAUGGUUAGUGAACAUAUUUGGCAAUGGCAAAAGGUGCCAAGGAGUUGUCCUGAGCAGCUGGUGGAUCCUGACAGCAGCCAACUGUUUCCUACUGAUGCAGCCGAGCAAUGUAGAAUUCACUGGCGCUCAUGGUCGUUUCAGCACCAAGACAGUGAGCCAGUUCAUUUCACACCGGGGUUUCAGCUCUUGGGAUGCACCACCCAACAAUGACCUGGGACUCAUUCUGCUUGGCCAGCCAGUUGAUUUAAGGAAGCCAGACAUAUGGCCAGCUUGUGUCAUUCGGAAAGAAAAACCCUAUGACACACAAGAGGAAUGUAGGAUUAUUGAGCGGAGACACGACGGGUCCUUCAGAUGGUCAGUGAAGGAGAUCAUUGUGCAUACUUUGGUGACAUCGGAAUGUGCCAAGCAAUGGCCUGACAUAGGCAAAUCAUGGAACUUGUGUGUUUCAAGAGAGGCGUCUAAUGACACAAACUGCAUGGUGUCUGUAGGCAGUCCUGUGAUUUGUCGUGACCCUGGCAGCGGGCACUGGGAGGUGAUGGGUGUUGUGUCCCAGAGCUUACACGACUGCACAGCUCCUAUCCUGGCUUCUCAGAUUUUAUCCCAUUUGAAGUGGCUGAGUCAAGAAGGAGCACUUGGUCCACAACUGAAAGAUAGCAAGACCACUAAUGGUGAAUUGUCUUCCCCAGCAAUCACACCAUUAUAUGCUCUGUCUGAAACAGAAGGAGAAUUAUCUUCAACAGCUGGAGAAUCUGUAACAUUCCCAACAGGCAUAGUAUUCACAUCAACAGCACAAACAACCACACAAGUCCCACAAGCUUCUAUAACACCCCCAAUUGUGGAACAAGAAUCUGAAGCAUCUGAAGCAGUUGGACCUGUUGAACCAUCAGAAGUAGCUUUGACAUCCAACCCUCCACUGUUGGAUUCUACCUUUACAAAUGAACUCCCAUCGCCAGAAGCUACAAAACCAUUGACUGUAAUACCUACAACUUCAGUGCACUCUACAUCUUCACUCAAUAGACUACAGUCAGUAGUCACAAUAGUUGCAGCAGAUAAUCAUGUAAAUUUUACAACAACCACAACAAUUCAGAAAACAUCCACAACAACACAGUCCCUCCCCAAUAUCACAACACCCCAUGUAACACUUACAACUACCAGACACUCCUCAUUUUUAUCAUCUUCAACAACUGGACAGACAUCUACAAUGGCCAGAGAAACAUCUUCUGUAGUGUCUUCCACACUUGAACAUUUAUCUUCUGCAACAUCUACAAUAGCACUAAAAUCCACAACAAUGCAGAAGUCGUCCACAACAACAGGGCAGUCAUCCACAACAACAGGGCAGUUGUCCACAACAACAGGGCAUUCGCCCACAACAACAGGGCAGUCGUCCACAACAGCAGGGCAGUCGUCCACAACAACAGGGCAUUCGUCCACAACAACAGGGCAUUCGCCCACAACAACAGGGCAGUCAUCCACAACAGCAGGGCAGUCGUCCACAACAACCAGGCAGUCGUCCACAACAGCAGGGCAGUCGUCCACAACAACAGGGCAGUCGUCCACAACAUCCUCUACAACCAACCAAAUAUCUGUAACAUCCACAAUACACUCAACAGAAAUGUCAGCUGUUGUACCACCACAUAUAAUAAUAAUACCUGCUACCACUUCACAGCCACAAACGCCUCCUUCAACAGCCGUAGCAUCCAUACCAGACACUUAUAUCAACCAAGGUGCUCCUGUUCAUAUUGUUGUAGCCAGGCCACAGUUCCCCAAGAGUAAACGCGAGGAAGGCCCAUCUCCUGGCCCUUCCCUAGCAUUACUUGCCCCACCUAGUGUAACCAUAAUGCCCAACUUGCAACUCCCUGUACAGGUGACGCUGAAACAGUGUGAGAUGGGACUGGCAUGGGAUGCCAACUCCCAUACCUACCAACUUAACAAGAUGGCAGUUCUUACGGAUCGCAAAUUUGGAUGUGGGCUGCGGCCUGGUUUUGUGCCCAAAUGCCCAAGCUGCUCUGAGGCGGAGUUGGGGGAAUUUCCCUCAGUUGUUGCCCUCACGCUGCCCAUCCAGCAUUUCUGUGCUGGCUCCAUUCUCAACCCCUGGUGGAUUUUAACCUCAGCCAACUGUGCCAACCUUAUAAAAAAUUCAGAAGCUUUGGCCCUGGUGCAGGCUGGUCUAGUUGACAUCUCCAAGGCAACGUACUCAGUGCAGACCCGCCAGUCUCUGACACACCCAAACUGGUUGGAGCACAGGGACCUUCACAACCUGGGCCUUUUGCAGUUGGAGGAGCCACUGGAAUUUGGUCCCUUUGUUGCACCUGUGUGUCUCUCAGACAAGGCAGAUGCAAUAGGUGACUUCAGAAAUUGUUGGCUACCAGGCUGGUCUGUGCUGGAAGGAGGCCCUGCCGUGCUGCUGAGACAUCCCUUAGACAUCCUGAGCGUCACCAGCUGCGACCAGCUUGGGGAGCAGCUCUCCAAUGCCAUAUUCUGUAUCAAGGCUCAAAUGGGCCCGGAAGGAGUCUGCACGGGUGAUGUGGGUUCUCCGCUGAUCUGCCCUGACCCCCAGGAUGGGGCCUGGCUUCAGCUGGGGGUGCUGAGCAGUUUUGAUGAAGCCUGCUCUCGCCCCUAUGUCUUCAGCAGUCUGCCCCACUACCUGCCCUGGUUGGAGAGGACCACAAAGGUUGCAGGGUAUCGUUACAAUCGCACAGUUCCUUGGAAACAUCUGAGGCCUACAAAAAAUCUUAGGCAGCUACAGAAACCAGAGACCCUGGCUGCAUGGAUCUCAGCACAAUUGUCCUUGCCCUGGCAAGUGCUCAUCGCCACAUGUGAGAAUCAGAGCUGCGGGGGCUCAAUUCUGAACCGCUACUGGGUGUUGACUACAGCACAGUGUGUUCAACAGACGGACCCAGCAAACAUAGCUGUCUUUGUGAGGCUGACACACCCCAAGGGCCACGCCAGAGGCAUCCAUGUUGCUGCAAUUUACCCUUAUGAGGAGACGGCGCAGCACAGUCUCUCUGGCAGCUCCAACGUGGCUCUGCUGCUCCUCCAGAAGCCCAUCGCCUUUGACCAACAUGUGGCUGCUAUGGCGUACUUCCCAAAGGAGCCCUGGGAUAGCUGCAAAGUGAUGGGUCUACAAAUGAUGCCAUCUGGUGAAAUUGGGGCUGACUCCAGCGCAUACCAAGUCAAGGUGCUGAUGCCCUCAGACUGUGCCAAGGAACAUCCUGGGGUCAAUCCAGGCAUGUACUGUGUUGUAAGAAAUAGCUCUAGCUACCUUCCUGGUGCUGCUGUAGGUGAGGGUGCAGCCCUGCUGUGCCACUUGGAGGCCAAGAGCAUGACAUGGAGCCAGGUUGGCUUGAUGAGUGAGCCCUUUCCGGGAUCCCAGAUGGUUGUUCUGUCCUCCAGCAUCACCUCCUAUGUGGACUGGAUAGAAAAAACGUCCAGACAAGCCAAGCACCAAUUAUUCCUGCCCCGUGGGAGAGCAGCAGCCUGUGGACCAAGUAGCUGGAUGCUCCUCCUGAUCCUCUCAUUGUUUAGGGAGGCAGAGUUAGGCUGAACACACAUAUUAGUGUGUUCUCAUUCCUAUUGAAGGUGCUGCCUUGGAGGGUUCAGCUUCUGCAGUCGAUUACCGGGUGCAUGACUUUCCGUGCUGGAGGUGGCCCCGCUCUCCUCAUCUCUGCAGGCACCAUGGGAUAUCCACAACAAAUUGCCAGGUGAAGGGCAGUUGCCACAGUCGCCUCCAGCAGUGGUCUAUCAAGUCUCAGCUGGGAUGGCCCAGAUGUGCACCUUUCCGGACAAUGCCAUUAACUAGAGGCCUGUCCCUGGGAGUGAGAGUCUAGCAACAAGACUUGAGGCUACUGUGGACUUCUGCGCCAGCUAUUGCUUCAGUAAACGAGCAAGUAACAAAAAUGAGAUGGAGAUAUUUCAAGAAUAUGUAAGGCAUCAUCCUAAGGACUUUAAGGGAGAAAGAUAGAAAAACCAUGGUAGACGUUCUGGAGAAUUUUCUAUACAAUACAUAGUCGACCCUCCAGAUAGCUUCUGAUUUGUGCAGUCUCCCGUUACUUCUCCCAAGCAUGGUAUUUGCAUAGAAUAUGUGUUUGCAAUUGGGAAGUAUAGCUGAUAUCAGCACUUGGACUCUAAUCUUAUAAUUAAAACUACGAAUCAAUAAAACAAAAAUGCUCUCAAA